AUGGCUUCAUUACGCAAAGGUGAUAACAAAUGUGCAAUACUUGGCAUUGUGACGACGGCGCUUGCUCAACUUGAUGCGAAGCGCCCGCGUGGUUGGAGUUGGAGGCCAUCGUUAUAUAAAUUCUCCAAACGCGCUCAUAUAUUUCUACCACACGGCAUGGGUAUGCAUCUUUUGCAACAUCACAUCGUUUUCAUAAUCCGCGAGCAAGCUCUCGGCGAGUGUCUGCAACUUUUGCAGCCGUAA